CGUGCGUGCGUGCGCGGAGCAUAAGCCUGAAAAAUGUGCCUCUCGUGUCUCAUUCGCCCACUACUGAUAAAAAUCCUCUUGAGCAUUUCAGCGCAAAGUGGAGUGAUUGUGUCAUAAGAAAUUUAUUUGAAUUAUUCAUUCACGAUUUUUAGUGCAUUUUAUUGUACAUUAUUCGCCGUUUCUCCAUUCAUAUUUAUUCCAUUGAAGAGCAACUCUCUGCAAUUGUGCUGUGUUGGUGCCUCGAAAAAUCACCCGUCAUUUUUCAUCUCUUGCGGGGAAAGCCACUGUGCGUGUGCUUGAAAAGUUUUUUAUUAUAUACACUCUCGUGAAUUUUCACCGCACUUUCUGGGUGAAAUCCGUGCAGAAGAAGUGUGAAGAAGCGAGUCUGUUUCUUUUUUGGGCGGUAAAAAAAAGAGAAAAUGCACAAUGGAGGAUACGUGAAAAUGUGUCAAAAGGCUAGAAUGAGAUCAAACUCGUGAUUAGUGUCUCCAAAUGGGAUAGUGUAUGGCCUCAUGGAAAUGAAAAGUCUGAGCAAAGUGACACUCUGACACAGUUACAAUUCGGAUAAGAACAUUACAAGCAAGGAAAUUUUCGUUACCAAGGCCAAAGCCCUCGCCAAGGAGUGGAUCAUCUGGGAUACGUAAACAAUGAGCGAUCACUGAGCCCAGCGUGAUCUAAUCCAAGUGAUGUGUCAGGUGAAAGUGAAGUUGUAAAGUUACUGAGACACGCUCUGCAAGUGAGGCUCCGUGAGCCACGUGUGAGGAUAGCUUUAGAGUCGAUCGGGCAGGGGCAAAAGCACCAAAAAUUGGGGGUGACGACGAUUGGAUCUACUGCGGUGACGAGAGGAGUGUCAAGGACGCAAAAAUGACCAUGAGUACAAAUAAUUGCGAGAGUAUGACAUCAUACUUUGCCAACAGCUACAUGGGCUCGGAGAUGCACGGCCACUACCCGGCGGGCGGGGUGGGCGACCUGGACGGUGGGCAGCAGAUGCACCACUACAACCAGAACCCCAACCAGGGCAACAUGCCCUACCCCCGCUUCCCGCCCUACGAUCGCAUGGGCUACUACAACCAGUCCAUGGAGCCCGCCACCUACACGCGAGCCGACAGCCCGUCCAGUCAGCUGGGCGCCAGCGGGAUGCCCCAGCAGCCCAACGGGACGCCCAUCGGGUCGCAGUCGCAACAGCAGCAGCCGCAGCAGCAGCAGCAGCCCGUCGUCUACGCCAGUUGCAAGCUGCAGGCGGCCGUGGGCGGCCUGGGCAUGGGCGCCGAGGGCGGAUCGCCUCCCCUCGAGCAGAUGGGCACCCACCACAUGAACUCGCAAAUGUCGAUAUCCCAUCACAUGGCGCACGCCCAGGGACAGGUCCACCAGAACCCCCAGCACAUGGGCAUGUACACACAGACGGGCGGCGGGCCGCCCGUGGGCCCUCCGCAAGGCAUGAUGCACCAGCAGGGGCCCCAACUGCACCAGGGGCAGCAGCAGCAACCGCCCAACAGUCAGAACACCCAGGCGUCGCUGCCCUCGCCGCUCUACCCGUGGAUGAGGAGUCAAUUCGGUGAGUCCCAGCGAAAGCGUGGCCGACAGACGUACACGAGAUACCAAACACUGGAGCUGGAGAAGGAGUUCCACUUCAACCGAUACUUGACGCGGAGGAGACGGAUCGAGAUUGCCCAUGCCCUCUGCCUCACUGAGCGCCAGAUCAAGAUCUGGUUCCAGAAUCGCCGGAUGAAGUGGAAAAAGGAGAACAAGACGAAAGGCGAGCCGGGAUCUGGAGACAAUGCCGAUGAAAUCACGCCUCCCACAAGUCCACAGUAAUGCAACCCCUCCGCGAGAGCCAGUCUUAAUUCAAUUUCGGAGUAAUUUAUCCCGGUUGAUUUACCCUCGAACACACUUUGGCAAUAAUGGUGGUGUUUUUCAUCCCACUGAAAUUUCCUCUUUAGUUUCCAGACUCGGACAAUUUCAGAAAUUGGAUUUUAAUGAAUUUUGAUAAGAAUGUCUCAAAUGAUUUCAAGUCUCCCACGCGAUAACUUGUGCAACAACACAGCCAGAGUUGAGAUCUCUAGUGAGAUGACAGCGACAAGAUGAAGGCAUAGAGAUGACCUGUGGAGCGAGAUUUAAUGAGAAAUCUAUAAAGAUAUAAUUAAAAAUAGUAAUGAAAACCAACUCAUGUGACCUCAAAUUAAUUUAAAAGAAAUAUAUUAAUAUUUAAUGAGUAAACGUGUAAGAGUUAGUAAUGAAAUUAAUAUAUUAUGCGUAUAAUUUCGUGUGUAAACAAGUAGACCUCCUCCACCUCCCACAAUACAUAUAAUAAUAAUAAAAGAUGGACAAUUGGAGUUGCAGAUGAACGAGGACAUGAAAAAUAUGACAAAAAUUCCUGUCAACAUUUAUCGUUGAAGCUGAGCAUGGGUUUUUUUCUGUUUAUUCCGAACUACAAAGGAUAUGGAGAGAAUGAGAGAAAAUUUAUUUAUUGUCACGCAGAAACACACAAGAAAACCAUGUGAAUAAUGGACUCUGAGCAAGUGGUAGCCAAGAAAAUAGGAAGGGAAAUGCGAGAAAAAUAGUUAGAGGCCAGUGAUUCAGUGCAAUCAAGUGGAAAAGGAAAAAAAGAGGACACAGAAGUAUGGUAAUUUUGUGGAAUAGAAUACACAAUGGAAAAAUGGAAUUAUUAAGGAAAAAUAAUAAAAAUUACCCAAUAUACGUACAAAAGUGCUGGACAAUUUUUAAAUGUACAUAGAGUAUGGAAAAAUCCUAAAGAAAAUUUUAAGAAAAAAAAGUAUUUAGACUCUUAAAUGUAAGGAAAACCAAGUAUCGAGAGGAAGAUUUUACUUAUUGUAUCCCAUGAACAAAAGGAAGAGAAAAAAACCACAAAAGUAUAUAUAAAUUUGCAUAUUAAAGAGAGAAGAAUCUAAUUUUCAAAGAUCAUCUUGUAAGAUUAUUGCUAAAAAAAAUGGCAAAAAGUAGAAGUGAAAAAUGAACCUUUUUAAUUGUAAUUUCAUUGUGAUUCGCAAGUGAAUUCUCAAUUUUGGAUAUGACGUAUACAAAAUUCAGCGAGAUAGGCAAGGAGGAAAUUUCUUAAAAAAAAAUGUGUAGAGUAUUUGAAAUGUGUAAUUCAAAUUUAGUAAGGCAUUUGAAUUAUUCGUCUAUGACGCCCACUGAGUCCUUAAGUACCAUCGCACUGAAAAGAGUGCAUAUUUUAUUUGGAUUUUACUGCAAAAUUGUCGAGAAAAAGCAACCAUCCCUUCUUUUCAAUGAAGACCUAAGGAAAACCCCAGGAUAAACACACACACACAUAAGAAGGGAGAGUGAUUUGCUGAUGGGAUCAUAUAGUUUUCUUCUCAGAAUUUUUAUUCAAUUACGAUCUCAAGAAAGAAAGAAAUCACAUCGGCAUACGCGUGUUAUUAUACGCACCAAUAUUUUCGCUAAUGCCCGGCAAAUUUCUCUCCCUGUGUAGAAAAUAAUAUCUCUGUAUAAAAUAGGCAAGAAAAAGUGAUGUGAAAAUAGUCUGUAAAGUAAGUUUAAAGAAGAUAAAAAGAACAGUGUAAUUUUAACUGAUUGAUUCAGAAAGUACACGUCGCAAUAAUACUCUCUAAUUUGCCCCAUGAUCGUUAAUUUGACUCAUCAUUUGUCAUCAGAAAGAGUUAGAGGAAAAUAGUUUUAACAAAUGGACGCAUUUGACAGUACCCUGAAUCUCUUUUACCCGCAUACCAAAGCCAUACAAGUUCUGUAAUUAAAGAAGAAAAUGAACAAGUCUCUUAAACACUAAUUUAAAUACGAAAUAGUGGUGUAUUUUUUAUAAAAUAAAUGUGUGCCCAUAUGUAAGAGGAAAUCAAUAUCGAGAGAGCAACAACCAGACAGUGAAGAGUAUUAGAUCAAUGCCAAUAGUUUAUUUUCCCAAGUAAAGCAUCUCCCAUUGCCCUAUAUAAUACGUACUUCUUUCCUUGCAACACACGACUGACAAAAUUGUUGAUUUGGAAGCUGAAAAGAAAAAGUGGACGAAAAUGAUUUGCGGAGGAAUUAGACAACAAAUAUACGUAAAAUCAACCGCCCCAAAAUGUAUGAUAUUUAGUGACAACUUGUAUUUACCACUAAAAGAUAUUCUAAUAAAUUCUAAUUAACCUUUAACGUGUUAAGAGAAAGCAUUUUCGAUGAUAUUUCUGAUAUUUAUAUAUUUUAAACAAAAAAUGAAUUGAGCCAAGAGCCAUCAACUAAAUUUAUGGUGAUACUAUCGCCACACAGUAAUUUAUCGCAAAAAUUCUAUCUCCGGGAACUGAAGUUCCUCUCGCGAACAAGGAGAAAAGGAAAGCGAAACAAGGAGGAAAAAUGGCAAGCAUGAAAAUUGAGUAAAAUUAGACUUUUCCCAUUUUUCAGGUGCGCAUGACUCAUUUUAUUUUCACUUUGUAAGAACAAGACGAGUUGAAGUAGGCAAAAGAUGGGCACAGAAUGUAUAUUUGUAUUAAAGACGAAUGCAAAAGAAGAUAAAAAAAAGAUGAAUAAAAAUUUAUAAUAUAUUUAAAGUGAGGAGGAAAAAAAAUUGAGUAAAAGAGAUGAAAAAAAACCCUAUAGAUUUAAGAAUGUAAGAUAUAGCAUUGAUACAGUAAUGUGAAAUUGUGAUUAUUUUUGUUAUAAUGUAACAACAUAUUAUUUAAAAAGGCAAAACAAAUUGUAACGAAUUCUGCAGGCCACAGGUUGACGUGAAAUUUUUUUUUCUCUUUUCUUUCCUGCGAAGAAAUGGGACAUUUUUCUACAAUAAAAAAAAGAAACAGAAAAGAAAAAACAAAGAACUAUUCGAAUAUGACAAAAGCAAAAUGUGCAAAGAAUCUUGAGAAGCACUAAAAAAUUAUUUCUCUCUCAUUUUAAGGAAUAGUGAAAUUUAGAGUAUAAAAAUUUUUCUAUUGGUAUAAAAUUGGUUUCUAAAUAUUGAGAAAAACGGAGUAUAAAAAAAAUUGAGAAAAAAAAUCUAUUGCUAAUUAAUUCUUAAACUAUUGGAAUGAGAAAUUUGAUUGUGUAAAGAAAACACAGACACUUGAAAAGGUACCAUUACUAUAAAUACUAUAGAUAAAAGAAGUGAAGUUUCGUGUUGAAACGAGACCAUCAAUUUUUUUUUGUUUAGAACCGUCAUAGAUUAUAUACACAACAACUUAAAUAAUAUUGUCGUAUAUACAAGAAAAAAGGAAGUAUAAGAUAACAAUAAAAAAAAACAUUGUAAAAUAUUUUAAAAAUCGAUUUUUGACACACACGAAAGAAGACA